UUGUACAUCAGAAACUCAAGAUUUUAACCCUUUAUGGACAACAAAUAAGCAGAAGUGGAUCAGAAAGGCGAAUAAAAAUUCGAGAAAAUAAAUUAUAUCAUGUAAAACGUCUCUUCUUCUUUAUUUUUACUAAAAUCGAGAUAAUAUACUUAUGUUACCCUAUAUUGAACAGAUAACCUCGAAAUUUGACGAGCAAUGCAAAGGAAAUGAAUAUCUUCGCGAACAGAUUUCUUUCUUUCUCAGAGCAAGGACGGCAUUCCACAAACGACACAAUUAUCUCAAAAGAGAGAUUGCAAACGAGAAGAACAAAAUGCUGCAGUUGGUAACGCACGCCGAGUUUACAUAUGACAAUAGGUAACACACUGUGCACUUUUCUGCUUUAUCUAAUAUCAACCUCUGUAGUUUAUAUUUGUUGCAAUAAUUCUAGGGAUGAGGCUGUGGCAAAAAUCAAAAUCCUGCGAGAACGUGACAGUAAAGAGUCGAAGCAGCAUGUCACGGAAGUAAAAGAGUUUCAACGAGUUCUUCAUCAUGAUCGGAAGGUUCAUAAUUUUCUUCACGACAAAAAUCAAGGCCGAGCCGUUAUAGAAGAGGAUGACGAACGAAGAUUGAGAAAAGAGCACGCCAAGGAAUGUGAACUGGACCAAAUUUUAAGCCAGCAUCAUGCAACAGUUAACACUAUUUUGAAAAUGGCUGCAUCAAAUUCGGUUGAUAAACUUUGCGAAAAAUAUGGCGAAAUGGAACAAAGAAACCUGGCCCUAUUCAAAUUUUUAACAGAUCUCAACCAUGAGGUAGAUACUUGCACAAUGCCAUCAACUUAUUUAAAUACAUAAAUUACAUACAUUUCUAACAAUUUUGAGUGUCAAGUGUGCAGCAUUAAGAGAAGCCGUGUCCGUGUUGAAACAAGGCAUCGAAUCUACGCAUCACACUAUUACAUUGAGAAAGAACAAUCAGCAGGAAAGGUUGAAACGAAUUCAGAACAAAGUAAUUGAAGAGGAAAAUGCCCUUCGCAACAUGAACAUAAUUUCAGAUUCAAACUUCACCAAACUGUCACAACUAGUUUCUGCCGUUGAAUCGCUGUUCACUGUGGCUAAAUGUCCAGAUGCCGGUCUUGUUGGCAUUCUUGGAAAUCAAAACGGGGUGACACCGAGAAAUGCGGUGUUGUGCUUGACAAUCCUUGACCACAGAAUAACCGAGCUGCAAUAUGUCAAGAAACUGCUAGAACACCAAAAACUAAUUGGAGCUGAGGGGAGCCAGAAAGGAUUUGGUCACAAGUCCAUGUUCGGACAAGGGCUGGGGACUGCAAUAGUAAAUCAUGGAGGACCUUUCAAAGCCGAAGUGCUAAUCCCCAACCAUAUCGGGGGCGAAGGAGAGGAGGAAGAUGCAGAUAAGGCAAUGGGAGAGCGCCCUUACUUCUUUGACGAGAUGAAAGAAUUUGUCGUGUAUCAAAUGAUUGAACAAGGGCUUAUCGAGCUAAGCGAAGUACCCUCGUCUAUUCGCAGCACAAUUUCAGCCGUGUCGGCUGUGUCCAUUGCGGACAUGGAAAUAGCCGGGUCUGCAUCCCUGAUGGAAAAGGUCAUGAGCAAAAGAAAUUUCCGCAUGGGUUCGCAACAAAUAUUUCAACAAAAUAUUCCACCAGAGCCUGAAGAGGAAAAUGACCCUGGGGAUAUACCUCCUGACACUCCAAGAUCUAAUAAUAGUUUAUAAAGUCGUAAGCAAUUAAGUAGCGUA